CUUGACUACUAAGAGGAAAUGGAUUUGGGAAUGUGGUACAAUGGGGAUUUAAGGACUCACAAAAAGAGCAUGGUGGUCAAUGGGAGCACAGGGUCGAGCUGCAGGGCAGAGAUGAGAGCUAACAGCACGUGCACCUCCCCGGAGCUGUCCAUCACAACCUCAGUCAUUUCUAUGAGUGUGGGGAUCAUGUCCAACAGUCUGGCCCUCUUCAUACUUCUCAAGUCCUACAGACGAGUUCACACUAAGACCAGGGCAUCGUUCCUCCUGUUCGCCAGCAGCUUGGUCAUCACUGAUCUGCUGGGGCACCUCAUUAUUGGGGGCUUGGUGCUCUUUGUCUACAGCUCCCAGAAGAUGUGGGAUGUGUUUGACCCCCAUCGCAUCCUGUGCAGCGUGUUUGGAGCCUGCAUGGUGUUUUUUGGCCUGAGCCCUCUGUUCCUGGGGAGCCUUAUGGCUGUGGAGCGCUGCAUUGGAGUGACCCGGCCACUGUUCCACUCCACAGCAAUGGCAGCCCACCAUAUGAGGCGGCUGCUGGGGCUGAGCUGGCUGCUGCCCGCUCUGGUGGCUGUGAUGCCAGUGCUGCUGAGGAGACCCUACAGUGUGCAAAGUUCCAGGAGCUGGUGCUUCUUUCACAUGAAGCAGCCCCAGGACUGGCUAGACAUCCUGCUGCCUCUGCUCUUCUCCAGUCUGGGCUUGUUAGCUCUGCUUCUUUCUAUCGUGUGCAACACUUUCACCAGCGGUGCCCUGCUGCAGUCCCGACUGAGGCGCAGACAUCUCUCUAGGAGCACGUCCUACCACCUGGAGAUGAUCUGCCAGCUGCUUGCCAUCAUGCUGGUGUCGUGUGUGUGCUGGGGCCCACUGCUGGUCUGUGUCAUUGUGUUGAGUAUCACAAGCAGACAGGAGCCAGAGACCCACAAUCUGCUGAUGGCUGUGCGGAUGGCCACAUGGAACCAGAUCUUGGACCCCUGGGUGUACAUCCUGCUGCGGAAGGCUGUCCUAAGGAAACUUUUUAUGUUGGUGCACAGGGUGUGGACUGUGAGGUCUUCAGAGCUGCAGUUGUGGCAGAGCAGUGUGCAGCGCAUCUCAGUGAAUACUAGCCACUCAGGGCUCUGCCCCAGUGAGGGUCUGAGAAAGAAACAUUUAAAUGACACUAUCAUUAAAUCUAUUUCCUAA